AUGGCCCGUACGAAACAGACCGCAAGUCGAUCCACAGGUGGCAAGGCCCCACGGAAGACACCAAUGCGAUCAAAGGGUGGACUGCGUCUUGCCGGUUCUGUGAAGAGGCCGCGGAGGUACAAACCAGGGACGGUGGCUCUGAGAGAAAUCCGUCGCUAUCAAAAGUCGACCGAUCUUUUGCUCCGGAAACUGCCAUUCCAGCGACUGGUUCGUGAGAUUGCCCAAGAUUUCAGGUCCGAAUUGAGAUUCCAGAGCUCUGCUCUUGGCGCACUUCAGGAGUCUGCCGAAUCGUUCUUAGUCUCGCUUUUUGAAGACGCUAACCAUUGCGCGAUCCACGCUAAACGUGUUACAAUUCAGACGAAGGACAUGCAUCUUGCUCGACGGCUACGAGGG